UAAUUACAAGACACAAUUAACAAUAAAACACACUUAGUUACAAGUUAUUAUAAUAAAUAAUUUUAAUAUGCAAAUUGAAAAUUCAAACGAAUGGAAUAACUGGAUCGAAAAUGCAAUAGCGAGCAGAAAUAUUAAACAAUAUGAAUAUAAAAAUUUUAGUAACAUACAAGAAAUUUGUUCCAGUAAUUUUGGAAAGGUUUACCGUGCAAAUUGGAAUGACUUUCAUGGACAUUUAGUUUUGAAAUCUUUUUAUAAUCUCAGCAAAACCACACUUAAAGAAAUAGUUCAUGAGAUACAACUUCGGCGUCAAAUAGAUUUUCACAAUAAUAUUAUUCGAUUUUGUGGUAUUGUAACGGAAAACAAUCCAAAAGAUUUCUUUUUAGUAAUGGAAUAUGCCGAUAGUGGCACCCUUAAAAAUUAUUUGAAGGAAAAUUUCAAAAAUCUUACUUGGAAUGACAAAUUCGAUCUAGCAUUUCAAUUAGUUCACGUUGUGUCAUGCCUACAUGACGAAGAAAUUGUACACCGUAAUUUGCAUUCUAAUAACAUAUUAAUACAUCAAAAAAAUAUUAAAUUAGCAAAUCUUGGCCUAUCUAAAAGAAUUGAAGAAGCGUCCGAUCCUCAAUCAAUUGGAAUGAUUCCUUAUGUUGAUCCAAAGAGUUUUACCAGGAAAAGAAAUAGGGAUAAUGAGAUUGAAGUGUAUUCAUUAAAUAAAAAGAGUGAUGUUUAUAGUGUGGGUGUAUUGUUGUGGGAAAUAUCCAGCGGUCGUCCUCCUUUUGAUAAUGAACCGUACGAUAUCGCAUUAGCUAUGGAAAUUUUCAGUGGCCGUAGAGAAAUUCCUGUUAGUGAUACACCCGAUGAUUAUAUAAAUAUUUAUACUGGUUGUUGGGACAUAGAACCAGAUAAUCGUCAAACUAUGCGUCAAAUUACUUCAAGUAUUAAGAAAAUCGAAUAUGAAACUAUAGAAGCAAAUGACGUAAAUUGUGACGAAAUGGUUAUCGAUGAUCAUGAAAAUGUCGUGGUUGAUAAUGACCACGUUGAAGAAAGUAUUGAGAAAGAUGUAGUUAAUGAAGACCAUAAUUAUGAUGAGGAAAUGGCUGUCGAAGAAGAACAUGAAAUAGAGGUUAAUGAUGAUAAUAUUAAAGAAUUAAUUGAACUACUUAGUUCUAUGAAAAUAGAAGAGGAAAAACAUAAAAUUCUUGAAUAUCUUAAUGAACGUAACAUAACUUCACGAUUAAUAUUUAAUUUUAUUUCAGCUAAUCAAAAUAAUUCAAAUUCAUUAGUUAUUCUUGGUAGAUUCAAUCAUUUAGGAAUUGAAACAGAAAUUAAUGAACAAAAAGCUUAUGAAUUAUAUCAAGAUGCAGUAAAUUUAGGAAAUGUAUAUGGAAUGAGUUAUUUAGCUCAUUGUUAUGAGCAUGGAAUUGGAGUUGAUGUUAAUAAACAAAAAACAUUUGAAUUAUAUCAAAAGGCUGCAGAUUUGGGAAAUGCGCCCGGUGAAAAUAAUUUAGGGUAUUGUUAUGAUUAUGGAAUUGGAACUAACGUUGAUAAAGAAAAAGCAUUCGAGUUAUAUAAAAAAGCUAAAGAACAAGGCCUUAUUAUAGCCAAAUAUAAUCUUGCUCAAUGUUAUCUAGAGGGGAAUGGCGUUGAUGAGGAUCCUGACACCGCUUUCGAAUUAUAUAAAGAAUUGGCUUAUGAAAAUUACCCAGACGGAGUAGAACGUUUAGGAUAUUGUUAUCAAUAUGGAACUGGAACUAAUAUUGACCUUCAGAAAGCAUUAGAGUUAUAUCGAGAGGCAAAAAAAUUAGGAAGUAUAUCUGGAAUGACUAUGUUAGCGACUUGCUAUCAUGAUGGAAUUGGAACUAACUCAAAUAAGAAGAAGGCAUUGAAACUAUUUGAGGAGGCUGCAGAUUAUGAAUAUAAUGAAGCUCAAUUUAAUCUUGCUUGUAUAUACGAUAAAGGUGAGGGCGUUAGUAAAGAUAACAAGAAAGCUUUUGAAUUAUUUAAAAAAUUGGAUGAAAGUGAACAUCCAGAUGCGAUUUGUUAUUUGGCACAUUAUUAUCUAAAUGGAAUCGAAACCAGUGUUGAUAAAAGAAAGGCAUUUGAACUAUAUCAAAAAUCAGCGAAUUUAGGUAGUUGGACAGCCCAAUAUAUGCUUGCUACUAUGUAUGGA